CUACCUGCACCGGACCACUGGGGACACGGAGCGCAAGUACCACCUGCGCUACUACAAGACGGGCACGUGCAUCCAUGAGACCGACGCCCGCGGCCACUGCGUGAAGAAUGGGCUGCACUGCGCCUUCGCGCAUGGCCCCCUGGACCUGCGGCCGCCCGUGUGGGACAUCCGGGAGCUACAGGCUCAGGAGGCCUUGCAGAAUGGCCAGCUUGGUGGCGGGGAUGGUGUGCCCGACCUGCAGCCUGGCGUGCUGGCCAGCCAGGCCAUGAUCGAGAAGACCCUGGGCGAGGACCCCCGUUGGCAAGAUGCCAGCUUCGUUCUGGGCAGCUACAAGACCGAGCAGUGCCCGAAGCCGCCGCGCCUGUGCCGCCAGGGCUACGCCUGCCCACACUACCACAACAGCCGGGACCGCCGGCGGAAGCCCGGGAGGUUCCAGUACAGGUCCACACCGUGCCCCAGCGUGAAGCUUGGCGAUGAGUGGGGGGAGCCCUCCCGCUGCGAUGGGGGGGACGGCUGCCAGUACUGCCACUCCCGCACCGAGCAGCAGUUCCACCCCGAGAUCUACAAGUCGACCAAGUGCAACGACAUGCGUCAGACCGGCUUCUGCCCGCGGGGCCCCUUCUGUGCGUUCGCACACGCAGAGAAGAGCCUCGUCCUAGGGAGUGAGUGGGGUUGUCGUGACCUGCCCAGCGGCGGCGCCCCGGCCCCCAGCAGUCAGCCCGGACAUGCCAAGUGGAGAGAGGCGCCCUCGGAAGGCAGUCAGAAGUGCAGCCAGCUGGACGGCAAGCAGAACCACCUGGCUGUGUUCGCAGUGGUUCAGCCCCGCGCCGCCAGCGCGGGCUCGAGCCCCGGCUCGGGCAGCUCCUCCCCCACCGCCGCGCCGGACGCCGCCGCCGCGGGCAGCACCGUGGAAGCCGUGCUAGGUUCUGCCUUAGAUCUUCGUCUUAGCGACAUAAAUAUUGCAUCCCUAGAGAAAGACCUGGAGGAGCCAGAGCGCCAGGACCCAGGACUGCCAGGCGCCAGGUUGCUGGGGGGCUCGGCACCUGUCACCAUCCCCGGCCCCCUGCCCCGCUCGCCGUCCCUGCAGUCCUCCUCCUCGCUGUCCACCUCUCCACUCGGAUCCCAGUCCCUGUCCGGGCCUCUGGUCUCCUCAGCCAUGACGCCCCCCCAGCAGCCACCGCUGCCCCUGCGGUCAGAGCCGGGCCCCCUGGGCUCCGCAGCCUCUUCCUACAGCUCCUUAGGCUUGAAUGGCGUCCCUGGGAGCAUCUGGGACUUCGUGUCUGGCAGCUUUUCCCCCAGCCCAUCCCCCGUCCUGAACCCAGGGACCAUGGCCCCGGCAAAUGCCAGUCCCAGCAGCGCCGAGCUGGCCCGGGUCAGGCGGCAGCUGGAUGAGGCCAGAAGGAAGAUCCGACGGUGGGAGGAGUCUUGGCGGCAGGUGAAGCAGGCCUGCGACGCGUGGCAGCGAGAGGCCCAGGAGGCCAAGGAGCGCGCCCGGGUGGCAGACAGCGACCGCCAGCUGGCCCUGCGGAGGAAGGAGGAGGUGGAGGCCCAGGUGAAGCGUCUGCAGGAGGAGCUCGAGGGCCUCGGCCUGGUGUCGCCGCUGCCCAGCGACAUGGGCAGCGUCCCUCUGCCCCAGCUGCAUUCCCUGCAGAGCCAGCUGCGCCUGGAGCUGGAAGCCGUCGACGGGGUGAUCUACCAGCUCCGUGCCAAGCAGUGUGUGGCCUGCCAGGAGCGGGCCCCUGGCACCGCUGUGCAGCCCUGUCAGCACCAGGUCCUGUGUGACACAUGCGCAGCCACGGCACCCGAGUGCCCUUACUGUGAGGGCCAGAGCCCGUGGUGACCGGAGCGGGAGCCGACGCUGCCGAGCGCCGUGCGGGG